GUUCGCAAAAGUAUAUGUAUUACCCAGCAACAAACUGGGUGAACAGUCAAGAAUUGUGCAGAAGUAGGCACACUGACUUGGCCUAUGUAAGUACCAAGGCAGAGAACUCAAACAUUGCCAAUGUUGCCGGAAUGUUUAACGGCCUGUGGAUCGGUCUGUUCAGUGAUGUCUGGAUGUGGUCUGAUGGAAGAGAAACUUCCUUCAGGUACUGGUUGAGUGGCUCACCUGAUUUGGGAGACUGUGCUUCGGUUGCAGUGUCACAGCAGGGACGCUGGAUCGGAGCUGAUUGUAACCAGAAGGCCGUGUUUGCCUGUCAGGGAGGUCUCAAACUAAAGAGGAUGGUAAUAAGGAUUACGAUGCACUCUAAAGUGGACCUCACUAACUCAGUCGGUGAUGCACUCCUGAAAAAGUUGGAGACAAGCCUGAGACAAAAGAUGACUGAUUUCAAUCUCAGCUGGCAAAGUGACAAAAGUGGACUCAUCUUCCAACGUCAAGAGCAGUUGGAGGCCACCAAGAAGCCAGGAUGCUAAUUGUAAAGCAGAGGUAACCAUAUGUUAAGUUAGUUCAGUUUUACUGUUGGAGAAUUGAGAGUGAUCAUUUUAAUACCGUAUCUAGCUUUGGUAUAUAUUCUGUGUACUUAUUCAUAUUGUCCUGCUUCAUAAGAAUUGGUGAAUGUAUCCUUUAAAUAAAAUAUUUACCUGACUUUAUAGCUCAAAUUGAAGUGGUAUUUAAGAACAUGAGAUCAAGGCUGUGCUUUUACUUUGCAUUUUGCUCAAUGCAUGUGAGUGAAUAUAUCAGUUACUUGAUACGUGUUUUGCACAUUUGUAAACUUUCUUUGAUUUUGUUAGGACUGUCUGUUCAACUUUGAUCAGUGAUUGGAGAUGAGGUGUUUUCUUUUGUUGUUGAGUUUUUAAUACAAUGACCACAUGGCAGACUAGGAUGGCCUUUAGGUCAUAUUCGUGUUUAUGAAUUGUGACUUAUUGUGAUUACCCAUGUUUUGAUGCCAGAAUGUCAACCAAAAACCAUGUGUUAUUAAAGAAAAAGCUCAAACAAAACCUUUCAUUAUGCAUUAAUGUAUGAUUUUAUGUGAUAUUACUAUUAAUGUGAUGUU